UAGCAAUGCAACAAACAACAAAAGCAUGUGUAGAAGCUUAGGGUUGCCGCCGUACUUUUUAGAUGCCCAACAAUGUAAUCGAUACUAUCGAAUAGGCCAAUAGCUACGAACAAGAGGUGCGACAGAGGCAGGCAGCUGUGACGACAGAGACAACAAAAUCAAAGUUAACAACAAUAAAUAAAUAGAACAAUAUAAAAUGUACACACUACUACACGGCUUCUACAAAUACUUUACACAAAAGGAUGAGUACUGUGUGGUGAUCCUAGGCCUGGACAAUGCUGGCAAAACGACGUACCUGGAGGCGGCCAAGACCAAGUUCACAAAGAACUACAAGGGUCUAAAUCCAACGAAAAUCACAACGACAGUUGGCCUUAACAUUGGCACCAUCGAUGUGCAGGGUGUGCGACUGAACUUCUGGGACCUGGGCGGCCAGCAAGAGCUGCAAUCGCUGUGGGACAAAUACUAUCAAGAGUCUCACGGCGUCAUCUAUGUGAUAGACUCGAACGAUCGGGAACGCAUGGACGAGUCAAAGAUCAUUUUCGAUAAAAUGAUCAAGAAUGAGCUGCUCUCGGGUGUGCCACUGCUUAUACUGGCCAACAAACAGGAUCUGCCCGAUGUGAUGGGCGUGCGUGAGAUAAAGCCAGUCUUCCAGCAGGCAGGUGCCCUAAUCGGUCGCCGUGACUGCCUCACCAUACCCGUCUCAGCGUUAACCGGUGAGGGUGUGGACGAGGGCAUCAAAUGGCUAGUGGAGGCCAUCAAGCGGCAUGCCUUAGUACGGCCGCCGCGAGAGAACGAUUGAACGAUGCAACGAAAACAACGCCGGCUGCAAUAGUAAUAGCCGGUCAGCAGCAGCCUUAUAUACUAGUAGCUUUAACGUUUGUAUAUUCUAAUAUUUAAGGCCUAAGGUACACAUUUUUUAGUUAUAGAAAGCAGAAAGAGAGUGGAGUGCAGUGCAGUGUGUGUGGGUUCCACUGCGCUCUAGAUAAUGUUGUUAUAAAUGCCCCGAAAAACCCCAA